AUGGCCAAGAAGGACAACAAAGCCAAGAAGGCCGAAAAGAAGGCCCGCACUGCCGCCAAACAAGAGAAGAAGGCCGGCAAGAAAGAGCAGAAGCAUCAAAAGCGUGGCAAGGACGCCGAUGACAGCGAUGCCGAGGACGUUGACCUUGACGCCGUGCUCGCCGAAUACGCCCGUCAACAGGAGCAAUUUCUCAAAGUCACUGAGACUGUCAGCGAACCGCCAAAAGCCAGAGGCUCAUCGACACUGAUCGGCUCACCCACCAACGACAACGAGCUGUUCCUCUUCGGCGGCGAGUACUUCAAUGGCGCCCUCGCCCAUUUCUUCAACGACCUCUUCGUCUACAACAUCAACCGCGACGAAUGGCGCAAAGUCACCUCACCCAACUCUCCACUGCCACGUUCCGGUCACGCCUGGACGCGUGGCGGCAACGACAAAGCUAUCUACCUCUUUGGUGGCGAGUUCUCCUCGCCCAAGCAAGGGACUUUUUACCACUACAAUGACUUCUGGCGCCUUGAACCCUCCUCGCGCGAGUGGACGCGUCUGGAAACCAAGGGCAAAGGGCCGCCGGCCCGCAGUGGGCACCGUAUGACCUACUUCAAGAACUACAUCAUCCUCUUCGGCGGCUUCCAGGACACCAGCCAGCAGACCAAGUACCUCAACGACGUGUGGAUCUACGACACGGCCAACUACCAGUGGCACGAGCCCAAGCUGCCGGCUGUGGGCCAACGCCCUGACCCGCGCUCCUCCUUCUCCUUCCUGCCCAGCGACAGCGGCGCUGUCCUCUUCGGCGGCUACUCGCGCGUCAAACAGGCCGCCAAAGGCGGCGGCAGCGGCAAGGGUGGUCCCGCCAACCGCAACGUGCUCAAGCCCGUUGUCCACCAGGACACGUGGUUCUUGCGCAUCGUACCAGUCGAAAAUGCUCUCCCCAAGGUGCAUUGGGAAAAGCGCAAGCGCUCAACCAACGCGCCGAACCCGCCGCGCGCGGGUGCAACCAUGGCCUUCCACAAGGGGCGUGGUAUCAUGUUUGGUGGAGUGCACGAUGUUGAGGAGAGCGAAGAGGGAAUCGACAGCGAGUUCUUCAACCAGCUGUUCGUCUGGAACAUCGACCGCAACCGCUACUUCCCGCUCGCGCUACGCAAGCCACGCGCGCAGCCGAAGAAGGCAAACGCUGGGGAACGUGGUGGAAGGAGGGGUCGCGGGAAGGCGGAUGAGGAGGAGCUGCUGCGGAACCUGAAGGCCCUGGAGAUGAGAGGUACGCUAGCAGGUGCGGAUGAGGAUGGCGACCUUCCGGCGCAGCUGGAUGGCACGGGAACGCCUGGUAGUGGUGAGGAGGAGGACAAGCCCGACCGCCCGGAGAAGACAGUCAUGUUCGAGAUGCCGCACCCGCGAUUCAACACCGCGCUCGCGGUGCAGGACGACGUGCUGUACAUGUUUGGCGGCACAUUCGAGAAGGCAGAUCGCGAGUUCACGUUUGACGAGAUGUGGGCGAUUGACCUGGGCAAGCUGGACGGUGUCAAGGAGAUCUUCCGCCGUGACCUUGAGGACUGGCUGGGCGAGGAGAGUGAGGACGAGGACGAGGAUGAAGAUGAGGAUGAGGAGGACGAGGAAGACGAGGCUAUCGGCAGCGAUGAAGACGAUGUUGCGAGCACCGCUGCUACUUCGGUCUCUGCUGCUCCGUCUGCGAAGGAGAAGGAUGCGGAUGAGAGCGCUACGGCAAAUGAGAAGCACACAUCCGCUUCUGCGCUUUCGGAAGAUGGUCUCCCGCACCCCCGGCCUUUCGAGUCACUGCGCGAUUUCUACGCACGAUCGACGAACGAGUGGCAAAAUGUUAUCAUCGACGAGCUGUCACGGAAAUAUGGCGGUGAUACGAAAUUGCCGAAGGAGAUCAAGACGAUGGCAUUUGAGCGAGCCGAGGAAAAAUGGUGGGAUUGCCGUGAGGAGAUUCGGGCCCUGGAGGAUGAGCAGGAACAGGCGGGUAUCAGCGAGGUCGUCAGUCUGGCCGAUAGGGCAGAUGUGGCUACUGGUGGAGCGGGCAGAAGGAGGUAA